AUACUAAGCAUCAUUUAGUGCCAAACGUUCACUAGCGAAGGUACCUAAGAGCAAAAGCAAACACUGCCGGCAAACAGAAUCUUCGAAAGCAUUUCCUAGGCUGCGGUUUAUUUCGUGAGUGACUUCUAAUCACAGCAUGGCAGAAGAAAACAAAAACGGAACCGCACCGGCCGCAGAAGCGGCACCAGCUGCAGAAGCGGCACCAGCUGCAGAAGCGGCACCAGCAGCAGAAGCAGUAAAGGCAGCAGAAGCGGUACCGGCAGCAGAAGCAGCAGCGGAGGAUGCCGCACCCGAGGAAGAAAAUGAUGCUGCAUCCGAUGACGAACCAUCCGAUGCGGAACCGGAACCAGAGCCAGUGCCUCAGAUUUCUACAUUCGAUAGGCUGAAACUAUUCCUGGUGGAAACGAACAAGUUCCUCGGGGAGUACGAUGAUCUGGUGGAGAAUAAGGAUAAGCAUAAGAGCGUCUACCUUCACACCGUCAACGAACUGCGUGAUCUCCUGGUGGCUUUGCUCCAACGGUACAUCUUGCAUACGAUGGUCCGGGAGGAUUUCCUCUACAAGCACAUCGUGUGCUGUGGCGAGGAUGCGGAGGCCAUGAAUACGGAAGAAUUCGAUGAACACUAUGCGGAAGUUCAUAGCGACGCGGACAAAGCUGUUUCCCUGCCAGAGCUGGACCACAUCCGAGCCUACACGAGUGAAGUUAAGACGUACAUCGAACAUGGAAAAGCUAUGAACAACGAUCUAAUAUUUUCGCUGAAGCGGCUGCUGCGAAAGAGCAAUUCCGUCCUUGCGGGACAUCUUGGUUGAGAUGGAACCGUUGUUGUGUUUUGGGCCCGAAAGACCUGAAACAGAAAACAAUACUUAACUAGCUCUUAAGGCUGCCGGUGAAGUUACCAUAUCAGUGACAGCAAAACUCGAAUCUACACUAACCCGUCGUUGCUAAUAUCCGCCAUGCUCUUCCAGAAGGAUGUCGAUCAGUUUAUUAGAUCAUUUACUUUGCAUGUGUUUAACAUCGAAAGACAAAAUAAAUGUUACCCCUGAAACGA